AGUUGAGGCAGGGAGGCGCGGGUUUGAAUUUAUUCAGCGUCCUGAAAGACAACUGUCAAAAAAAUUAGUAAACACGAACAGAAGUGCGUCUCAUGUUGAGACGUUUAUUCAGUUUAUUUUGUCCGCUGCGGUAUAAGCAAGAGUAAAAAUGCCGUGUGAAAUGAUAACCUUACAGCUGGGCCAGUGUGGCAACCAAAUUGGUUUUGAAUUCUGGAAAAGACUCUGUGCAGAGCAUGGAAUUAAUCCUGAAGGGAUUCUCGAGGAUUAUGCAACAGAAGGAACAGACAGAAAAGAUGUCUUCUUUUACCAAUCGGAUGACGAACACUACAUACCACGUGCCGUACUUUUGGAUUUGGAGCCUCGAGUUAUACACACAAUCAUGAACUCGCCCUACUCUAAGCUCUAUAAUCCUGAGAAUAUAUAUUUAUCGAAACACGGAGGUGGAGCAGGCAAUAACUGGGCGUCGGGUUACCACCAGGGUGAGAAACUACAAGAGGAAAUAUUCGACAUCUUGGACAGAGAAGCAGAUGGGAGCGACAGCUUAGAGGGAUUCGUUCUGUGUCAUUCAAUUGCCGGCGGGACUGGCUCGGGUAUGGGAUCGUUUAUGCUAGAGAGUUUGGCUGACAGGUUUCCAAAAAAGUUGAUAGAAACUUACAGCGUGUUUCCUAAUCAGGAUGAGAUCAGCGAUGUCGUCGUACAACCGUACAACUCGUUGCUUACUCUGAAGAGGUUGACACAAUGCGCAGACUGCGUUGUUGUUCUUGAUAACACAGCUCUGAACAGAAUCGCCUCAGAUCGUCUCCACAUACAGAAUCCAAGCUUCACACAAAUCAACAAACUCGUCUCCACUAUCAUGUCCGUCAGCACGACUACUUUGAGGUAUCCCUCAUACAUGAACAAUGAUCUGGUUGGUUUAAUCGCACCUCUUAUACCGACGCCAAGAUUACAUUUCCUCAUGACGGGCUACACGCCACUCACCACCGAUCAAGAGGGAGCUUCGGUACGAAAAACCUCGGUUUUGGACGUGAUGCGACGAUUAUUGCAGCCCAAAAACAUGAUGGUAUCGACAGCUUUGGAUCGAAAUGCGGCACAUUGUUAUAUAUCCAUAUUAAAUAUCAUCCAGGGAGAAGUAGACCCUACGCAAGUUCACAAAUCUCUCCAAAGAAUUAGGGAGAGAAAACUUGCACAAUUCAUACCCUGGGGACCAGCCAGCAUUCAAGUUGCACUCUCGAGGAAGUCUCCGUACAUUCAGAGCACCCACAGAGUCUCCGGACUCAUGCUGGCAAACCACACUAACAUAUCAUCGCUUUUCGAUCGCGCACUUCAACAGUACGACAAGCUACGCAAACGAGAAGCUUUUUUGGAACAAUUUCGAAAGGAGAAAAUGUUCGAGGACAAUUUGGACGAGCUUGAUCAUUCGCGACAAGUGGUUGAGGACCUUGUAAAGGAAUACCAGGCUGCUACAAGGCCGGAUUACCUCACGUGGAGCCCUGUGAAGAAUGAAUAAAUUUGAGACUAUAAUGUUGCCUAAAAGACACCAAAACUGUGUCAUCGUCACGCAGAACGUACCGACUGCAAAACGCAUGCUUGAAGCCUCGGUGGAGCUGCUUUGACGAACAAAGUUUUAAUUCACAUCGUUAAACAUCGCUGUGAUUUCAACAAAGCUGCUGAAAUGAUUGAGGUAUUAACUCCAGAACAAACUGUGUAUACAUUUUUCAAUUCUACCUCAAAGUUGAUGUUUUCAAUUUUAGCUGAAUUGUAUGCCAUAAAUCGCGAAAUACUCUGCGGCACGCCAUAUUUGCCACUAAGCCGUGUAGAUAUAUCUAUUUUUUAUUCAAUUUUUAAUAAUAUUCACAGUACCGCAACUCAGCUUCUGCUGAUUUUUUUCGGUCCCGAUCUAAUAGAGAAACGUUUACGUUGUUCGUUGAAAAGAAUUUGUGUUAUCUGCUUAUGCGAGCUCAGCUCUAAUGGGGCUUUCAAUGCUUCGCACUUGACAAAUAAAUCACAAGCUUUUUAAUCA